GUUUCUAUAGAUGUCGCAGUGUUCUGCAAGCUCGAAUUUGAAGUAUUAACGGAAAUUUUGUGUUUUUAAAUAAUUAAUCUGUAUUAAAAAAAAUAAUAAAUUAAGAAUAUCAUGACUUCGUCUAUGCAAUCAAAUAAAUCAGCAAUAACUUUAAAAGGAUCAGCCGCAAUAGUUUGUGAUUAUUUAAAUUAUGGUAUAAAUUCCAUAUUAUACCAACGAGGAAUAUAUCCUCCCGAAUCUUUUAAGAACGAUGAAAAUUAUGGAUUAACGCUGCUGAUGACUACAGAUGAUAAAAUUAAGAAUUUCUUACAUACAACUUUGGAACAAUUAAAAGGUUGGUUAGUUGAUCGAACUGUAAACAAAGUGGCCCUAGUUAUUACUAACGUAAAAACGAUGGAAGUGAUGGAACGAUGGGAUUUUACAGUUGAAUAUGAAGAAGACACGUUAGAAAACCCCGAUAAAGUAUCCGAAAAACCUCUGAAUCAAAUAAAAAAUGAAAUACGGGACGUUCUUAAACAAAUAGCAUCGUCAGUUUCGUACUUACCCCUUUUAGAUUGUUUAUGUAGCUUCGAUAUCCAAAUAUAUACCAAAUCGGAUGUGGAAUUACCUAAAGAAUGGGCCGAAGCGGAACCUGCUAAUAUUAAGAAUGCCCAAAGUGUACAAAUGAGAGCGUUUUCUACAAAUAUUCAUAGAAUGGAAACUCAUGUGAUUUAUACAAAUGUGAAUUAGUUUAACUGAGUUUUUAAGUGUUUUUAUUAAUUAUAUCAUGUGACUCUCUUUUUAAGUAGCUAAAUUUUAAAAAUAAUUUUUUCUGUCGCUCUUAAUCCAUAAAUCCAUGAUUAAACAUUUUUUUUGAAA